CUUCAGAGCUCCGCCGGGCCCCGGGCUCUGACAGAGCACUAGGCGCUUGACAGACCUGCCCCGCCCCGCAUCCCGCUAAGACGGCGCCGUGAGCACCUCGGGUCCCCUUAGGGCCCCGGGACUGGCUUCCGCGGGCGCCAUGACGGCGGCCGUGUUCUUCGGUUGCGCCUUCAUCGCCUUCGGGCCCGCGCUCGCUCUCUACAUCUUUACCAUCGCCACCGACCCUUUGCGCGUCAUCUUCCUCAUCGCCGGUGCUUUCUUCUGGUUGGUAUCUCUUCUGCUUUCAUCCAUGUUUUGGUACCUAGUGAGAGUCAUUACUGACAACAGAGAUGGACCAGUACAGAAAUACCUUCUCAUCUUUGGAGUGUUGCUCUCUGUCUGUAUCCAAGAACUGUUCAGGCUUGCAUAUUAUAGACUGUUAAAAAAAGCCAAUGAGGGUUUGAAAAGCUUAAACCCUGAGGAGACAGCGCCCUCAAUGCGACUGUUGGCCUAUGUUUCUGGCUUGGGCUUUGGAAUCAUGAGUGGAGUGUUUUCCUUUGUGAACACCCUGUCUAACUCCUUGGGGCCAGGCACAGUAGGCAUUCAUGGUGAUUCUCCUCAGUUCUUCCUGAAUUCAGCUUUCAUGACGCUGGUCAUCAUCAUGCUGCACGUGUUCUGGGGCAUUGUGUUUUUUGAUGGCUGUGAGAAGAGUAAGUGGCACAUCCCCCUCACAGUUCUCCUGACCCACCUGCUGGUGUCCACCCAGACCCUCCUAAGUCCUCAUUAUGGACUAAACCUGGUAUCAGCAUAUAUAAUCAUGGUGCUCAUGGGCAUCUGGGCAUUUUUUGCUGCUGGAGGCAGCUGCCGAAGCCUGAAAUUCUGCCUGCUCUGCCAAGACAAGGACUUUCUUCUUUAUAACCAACGCUCCAGAUAAUCCCUGCAGUCAGCACCUCUAAACAGCAGCCUGUGUCUUCAGAGGAAGCACAACUGUGCCCUUUUCUAAAAAGCCCCUUUUCUCCUGGAACUUAGAAAGCAGCUGAACUGUCUAGCCUGGAACUGUCUGUGUGCUUUCAUGCAGCAACCCCUGGAAAAGCUGCGGUGUGGCCUGCGGCCUGGCUGCACGUUUGAGCUGGAGAAACGAAGACUGAUGCUUCUGGGCUUCCCCUCCAGAUUUGAUUAUCAGGGAUGCUCAGGACAGCAGAGAAUCAUUGGGGUCCAGUGGGAAGUUCCUAAGAACACCCAAAGGGAGUGAGGUUCGGUAUUUAACUGUCCUGAGGCAGCUUCUGCUGAGCAAGUAAAUCUGAAUGUGGUAACCUGGGUA